AACAUAUGAUUUUAAUAGUAACAUAAAUGGGGUACUAAAUUUUCCUGCCAUACUAAUAUUAUUUCAAGGUAGAUAGAUAUUAUUCAUAAAGCACUUUCUGUAAGUCAUUUAACCUGUUUCAAGAUUUUAGAAGACGUUUUAUUAUUCAUUUCAUGAGAUUAAAUGGUAAAAUAGAAUAAAAUCAAUGAUAUCUUCACCAUUUUGUAACUGGAAGCAAAAAGCUGAUACUGAAUACACUGAAAAAUACGAAAUUUAUGGAGAUUUGGCAUGUAAACAACAGAAGAAAGUGAAACGCCAAAAAGUGAAGUACUGCAUAGAUGUGUCCAAAUCAGUGCUGACUGACAAUUUUGAAGAAAGAAAAUGGAUUCGUGUCUCAUCCAAUGAUGAUUGGAACUUCUUUUGGGCAACAUCUUCAUCCUGUCAAAAGCUUUUUAGUUGUGGCUCGAGGUAUCGCUUCAGUGAUCAUCAAAUUGUGAAUCAUUUUCCAAACUACUUCGAGCUCACAAGAAAAGAUGCGCUAUCAAGAAAUAUGCGACGUUACCGAAAAGCUAUGGAAAAAUCACAGUUAUUGUUUGGUGUUAAAUUGCUGAAUGGGAAAUCGGUAUUCCUUGACUUCAUGCCAGAUACUUACAUUCUUCCAGCUGAUUAUUCUCUGUUAGCUGAAGAGUUCAAACGGAAUCCGGAAUGCAAAUGGAUAAUGAAGCCUUGUGGUCGGUCGAGCGGCUCCGGCAUUUUCCUGGUCGACAAACUGUCGCAACUGCGCACUUGGAAGAAGGAUGCCGAAAAUAACAUUUCCACUGAGUCAUACGUCAUUUCCAAGUACAUUGAGAACCCAUUACUGAUCGGUGGCAAAAAGUUUGACCUACGGUUGUAUGUACUUGUAACUUCUUUCUCACCGUUAAAAGUGUAUCUAUUCAAUCAUGGAUUCUGCAGGUUUUGCAAUGUCAAGUACGACACAAGUGUUCAACAACUUGACAAUAUUUUCAUUCAUCUCACGAAUGUAUCAAUACAAAAGCAAGGGGAAGAUUAUAACGAACACCAUGGUGGUAAAUGGAGUACAAAAAACCUGCGUCUCUACCUGGAAAGUGUAAUAGGCAAGAACAGCACAGAAUACCUUUUCGACAGAAUCACCUGGCUGAUAGUGCAUUCAUUGAAAGCUGUGAGUCCAGUUAUCAUAAACGACAAGCACUGCUUCGAAUUGUACGGCUAUGACAUCAUCAUUGACAACAAAUUCCAUCCUUGGUUGAUUGAAGUUAAUGCUACUCCAUCACUCACCUCAACUACGUCAAGUGAUAGAAUUCUGAAGAAGAAACUCAUUAAACAAGUUAUCGAUUUAGUAUUGCCACCUUCUGGAUAUCCUGAUUGCAAAUGGCCGAAACUGCCAGCUCGCAGCCUGCUCACCGACUUCCAACUGCUGUUGGACGAGGAGAUCCUGGAGAUGCAAGUGAGCAUAGCACACGGCCGUCGACUAGUGACCAACGCCCUUUCCGAGCACCGCAGUCGCAUGAAACUGCUAUCUGGUCACAACUCAGCACUGCAACGUGUGCAACAUGUCGCAUGCAACACGCAACAGGACAACGAACACCGACCGCGUUUCGCAAUGCACAAACACAGACAUUGCAACAUGUUGCGUCAGUCGGUUGCUGUCAAGCGCAAGAACUUGUGUCGGAUUCAUCAUCCGCUCAAAUACUACCAGCGUUUGUCCAACAGGCAUCGACACGCUGAGAGGCCCAGCUUUCCAAGUAUGGUGAAAAGCGAGGAGCCGUCGCAAGCUGUCAAGACUGCUGCUACAAACCCCAAGAAACAUCUCCGGUACAGACGAUUUGAUCGGAUCUACAACUUCAAAUCCAAAUUCGAUUACAAAAUGACUCACAAAAUCUGAAUGAGACUGGAUGAGCAAUGGGCAGGUAUUUCCGUGAACUGAAGCUCCAAUUCGUGAUUUAUGGUGAUAUUCCGCUCCACCAUAAAUAAUAAUCUAACUCAAAUCAGGAAUGAAAUAAUGAGUCUAGGAAAAUAUUGAAAUACACGCUAUUUUGACAUUUCA